AUGCUUCCUGCGACACUCCGGCGCCUUCGGUACCCGGAACUAUUUUCCUACACGCGAAGGAAGAGGUGCCGUGGUUGCUCUGGAGCCCUAACCGCGGAGCGCGCGUCACUGCACAGGGGCUGCAGGAAGUCGAGCUUGCGAGAUCUGCUUUGGAUGCAUUUAGUAGAUCGCCGAGAUCUCCCAAUCGCAACCUGGUGCAAAAGACACAAGAUCACAGAAAUUAUGGCAUUCUGCUCCCCAGGGAUAUUUUGCGGGCCGAAAGUGAAUGGAGCUGACGGUCCUUCGUGGUCACCCCAAACUUUCCUUAUUUCAGUGCUCUCAUUUAGGACAGGCAGGAGAAAGUCCUUUUCUUGCAGCUUUGCCGAUCUAGUGCCAAUCACUAGAGAUUUGCCAGUAGAUCUCAAACUAACUUCUCUAUGUUCAUCUUUUCUUGUACCUCUCCUUUUUUUAUCUAAAAGAGGUGAGGGUUUGUACGUAUUUAAUGGAAUGUAAGGCGUUCUCACUUCCCAGAUCCUCGUUCCUAAGAUAUGACGUGACUGGCGUGUUUAUGAAGAACUGGGAUCUUGUGGAUGAAGAGGGAGUUUGCUCUGCUGACAGAGAGUGUGAAGAUGCUUAUAGAGUUUGUCGGAUCCUCGACAUUCCUUUUCAUCAGGUUUCCUAUGUGAAAGAAUACUGGAAUGAUGUGUUUAGUUACUUGUUAAAGGAAUAUGAACUGGGAAGGACCCCUAAUCCUGAUAUUUUAUGUAAUAAAUACAUCAAAUUCAAUUAUUUCCUACAAUAUGCUGUGAACAACCUUGGAGCGGAUGCCAUUGCCACCGGGCACUACGCAAGGACAUCCCUGGAAGAUAAUGAGGUAUUUCAGCAAAAGUACAUACAGAGACCACAAGGGCUCUUCAGAAAUAGAUUUGAAGUAAGAAAUGCUGUAAAACUUCUGCAGGGAGUUGAUCACUUCAAAGACCAGACAUUCUUUCUCAGCCAGAUAUCUCAAGAUGCCUUGCGGAGAACUAUUUUUCCUCUAGGAGAUUUAACAAAAGAAUUUGUGAAGAAGAUUGCUGCAGAGCAUCACCUUCACCACGUACUGCAGAAAAAAGAGAGCAUGGGCAUCUGUUUCAUCGGAAAAAGGAAUUUUGAGAAGUUCCUCCUUGAAUAUUUGGAGCCACGCCCAGGUAACUUUGUUUCCAUCGAAGACGGCCAGGUCAUUGGAACACACAAGGGUUGUUUCUUGUAUACGGUUGGCCAGAGAGCCCGGAUAGCAGGCCUCAGAUAUGCUUGUUUUGUUGUUGAUAAAAAUACAGCCUCUGGAGAUGUCUUUGUGGCACCCUCUGCAGAUCACCCUGCACUUCACAGAAAUCUCCUGCGGACAAACAGAGUGCACUGGAUUGCGGAGGAGCCCCCGGCAGAGCUGAUUCGGGACAAAAUGAUGGAAUGUAAUUUCCGCUUCUACCACCAGAUGGCACUAGUGCCGUGUACAUUAACUCUAAAUCAGGACGGGACGGUAUGGGUAACAAUGGCCAAGCCAACAAAGGCUCUUACGCCUGGGCAGUUUGCUGUUUUCUACAAAGGUGAUGAAUGCCUCGGAAGCGGAAAGAUCUUGAGACUGGGUCCAACCAUGUAUACUAUGCAGCAGGUCAAAAGCAAAGAAAAGCCCUCCUGGACUAUGCCAGCCUCGGAAGCCAAUGUGGAGCCAGCCACAUAACUGCUUGCUUUACUAACCAAGUCAAAGACUUUGCUUUUUAAAAGACUUCAAAAUGGUUCAAAUGGACUUGGUGUCACAGGAAGGCAUAUGGAUGUGUGUUUGUUUCCCCAGAAUGAAUGUUUUAAGGAGUGUUUUUUAAAUAAAUUUUUUCGGUGUGAUGGUGA